AUGCAUUUCAAUAAGAAAGUGUUUGAGACGGGUCACGGGAGCGGGGAGACAGGGAUAGUGAACAACGCCUGUAUCCACAAGAACGACGCGGUGGAGAAACACGAGGCCAGACCGCUGGGCCAAGAUUUCUUUGAGACUCUGGACCUCAGCCAGGAGAACCCAAAUGAAUCAAACAAAGGGCUGUACGGAGACGAGGCACAGCUGAGUGAUGGUUCUUCAGAGGAGUUGGCGGUUCUGGACACCGAGAGCUCCGAAGGGUCCAGAGGAUUGGGCCUGAUCUGUUUUGGCCCAGACCCAGAACCAGAUGCUCAACAGAAUGCCGAAACAGAGGCGGAUGCUUAUUCUAUAGGCCUGUACUAUCUAAAGUUGAGGAAGAAAUUCGGUAUUAAGCCUGUGCGAGUUCAUAACCGUAAAACCGUGAUGCAUGCAAUUGUGCGAGCAGCUGUGUACGGAAUCAUCAAGCACUGCCUGAGAGAGAAACAAAAUGAAGAUUGUCCUGGGUGCACCAUAGAUGCCCCCAGUCAGAGGCAUCACGACUGCGUGUACUGGUCUUUAGAUGUAAACUGUAAAAUUAAAGACAUUAGCAGUAGUUUGUGUCUGGAGAGUGUGUUAAAUAUCAUCAUCACAUUGGGAUACGCACUGCAGUGCCUCUGUUUAACCCAGGAACAUUUAGCUUUAGGGGCAGAAUAGGUGGAGAAAGUGACAGAGGCCGAGGACCCAAAUAGCAUUUCAGAUGAAAUCAUCAAACCGACAGAUAAAGGAGGAAAAGUUAAGGGGUGGGAUGUUCUGCAGAUAGGCUAUCUCUGAGCGUCAUGCAGUCACAAAGUGUUUUCUUUUGUCUUUUACAAUCAGUAAAUGGAAUAAAAUACUUGUUACAACUGAUUAUGACUCUAUCUGAUUAUGUUAAUUAUUGGUUUCUGUAUGUAUAAAAAAGGAAACGGUAAGAGGACACCCAGGGUACAAUUUGAUAUUAAUGCCUUGGGAUUGUUAGUUUAAGUAUCUAUUUUAUAUGUUUGUAGUAGUUGUCCUUAUCGCUAUAACUCCUACAAGGAGGGGAUUGUUGGGUUAUAUCCAUUUUGUAUGUUUGGUAUAAUUUCAGGAUCUCAUAUGG